AUGGAAAGGGAAAGUGGUUAUCAUGGAACUGAGGGUGAAGCCACUUAUGUUCCUGUUGAGGCUGAAGUAGAACAACCUAUGCAGGGUGGUAUGAGAAGAGAACAGGAGUGCUUAACUGGUACUACCAAACCAGAAGAAGCAGAGGGGUGGGUAAGAAGAAUGGAAUCGAUAUUUGCAGUGAUGGGUGCAGCAGAAGAUCAGAAGGUAAACUUAGCUACAUUUAUGUUCAAAAAUGAAGCUAGUUAUUGGUGGGACACGACAAAACAUUUGUUGCUCACUCCAAGAGAGAAAGAGGUGAUAUUCUGGAAUCCAUUUGUUAAAGCUUUUUAUGAGAAAUAUUUCCCUCCAAUUUACAGAAAAGAGAAGGAACGGGAGUUUAUUCUCCUAAAACAAGAUAGAAUGUCUGUGGUUGAUUAUGAAGUUAAGUUUACAGCUUUAUCGAGGUUCGCACCCAAGUUUGUACAGAAUGAAGAAGAUAAAUGUACAAAAUUUCAGGAUGGUUUAGAAGCAGCUAUUAAGUCUAGAGUUUCAGUGUUUGAGGAAACAGAUUACAACAGACUUGUGAAUAAAGCCAUGAUUGCCGAAAGGGAUGUGAAAGAAUUGCAAGAAAGAAGGGAAUAA